AGAUAAUAAUCGUCUCUUCUGUCUUUCUGAACAGAAUGCUGCCGUUUGGUUGAAGACUGCCUGCAGUGGUAUCCAGAUGAGCGUAUCGAUCUGGAAAGGAUCCGUUACCACGGGUGGUUUCAGGUACUGAGCGGUUUAUGCACCUGACACCCAACAAAAAAGGGUUUUGAUUAAGUUGUUGGUUUAUUGCGAAAUCUGGAAGUUGGCAAGUCGGUAUAUGUCAAUAUCAUAUAUUUACUGUACACAAUACACCACUUAUAUUAUUGUUCGUUUCAGGACAAACAUCCUGAAGAUGACCUCCAGACUCCCGUCCGCUCUGGGAGCGAUGAUGUCAUUCCGUAUGCAGAUGAUGCUGGGUCUGACAUUUUAAUUCUUCACACUUCAAACGGUCAGUCUGAAGAGAAGCUGGUGGACAAUGAGAAUCCCGGUGUGAUCAUUCAGGAAAUCAAUUGCUGCCAGUAUGAGAUCGGCAGAGAGCUGGGCCAAGGCGGUUUUGGAACCGUCUAUGAGGGAACCCGUGUGCGGGAUGGCGUGAAGGUUUGAUUAUUUUUCUGUCUUGUCCUCAUUUUUAAAUCUCUCACUAUUGAUCUUGUCAAACCGUAAUGUAUCCAAUGUCCAUGACGUUAGUGCUUUGAUCUAUUGAAACCUGACCAAACACGCUCUUUAAUGUUGUAAAUGUAUUAUAGUAAAGUUGUGUUCAGGAUGAAUGCUUACUGAAAUCCAUUGUUUGUUUUGUUGAUCAGGUGGCAGUGAAAGUUGUCAGGAAGAACGAGCAUGUAAUGAAGGAUUACAUGGACAUCCCGGGUUAUCCUGAACCCAUUCCUCGAGAGGUCUAUCUUCAGAUGCUUGCCUGUAAGGGAGAACAUGUUCCUGUGAUUGUCCGGUUUCUGGACUGGCAGGACCGUCUGGACCACUAUGUCAUGGUCCUGGAGCGCCCUUCUCCCUGUGAGGACUUGAGCGCUUUCAUGAUCCGCAACGGAGGCAGACUCACCGAAAAACUAGCGCGACUUAUCAUGGAGCAUGUGACAGAAGCCGCUGAAAUCUGCUGCAAUCGUGGGGUUUUCCACAGGGACAUAAAAAUGGAAAACCUCCUGAUUAACCCGUGCACGCUCGAUGUCACACUGAUCGACUUCGGGUGCGGCGAUCUGCUUAAAAACUCGGCUUACACAGAGUAUAUGGGUAUGUUUUAUCACUUUUCUUUCCUGUGAACAGCAGUUUACAUAAAUACUAAGAUGAUAUCUUCAGAUAGUGCCUCUGCUCACUUUUGAGACGUCACAUUUUUUGCACGCUUUUCUUUAGGCACAAGGAUCUACACUUGCCCUGAAUUCAUCAAAACGGGCAAGUACCAUGGCAAGCCAGCGACGGUGUACUCACUGGGCGUACUGUUGUUCGCUUUGGUGUGCGGGAAAUUUCCCGACCGUCAUGACCGGCACCGGAUAAAUAAGAAAAUCUGGCACGAAGACGGUUUGACUGAAGGUAAGAUCUUCAUCAGACCAACUGUCAUUCUGAACGAUACAACACAGAAAACUAGUAUUAAUAUAAAACCGGUUAUAAAAGAUUUUUUGAAACGCAAUCAGUCAGAACAGGUAUGAAGUGACAUUCAAAUAUUUUUUUUUGCACAGAUUGUUGCGAUUUGAUUCAAGCCUGUAUGGAGAAGAAUCCAGAAAAGCGGAUCCAGCUGGAAGAGAUCCUUAACCACAAGUGGUUUUAGGUACCGUGCUAGAGUUAAGUCUUUUUAAGUGUUUUAGCUUUCUUCGCAUCCGUUUCCCUACAUCCAGGAAAAUGUUUCUGAAUCUCUCUGUCAUCUCUGUCUGUCUCUGAAUCUAUCUGUCAUCUCUGUCUCUCUCUGUCUGUCUCUGA